AGUCCUCAGCAGAGAGAGAGUGAUAGUGUGUGUGUGUGUGUGUGUGUGCGCGUGUGUGUGUGUUAGAGAGAGAGAGGAGAGAGGGAGAGAGAGAGAGAGAGAGAGAGAGAGAGAGAGAGUGGAGGUAUACAGUUAUGCAAAGACCGUGUAGUGGGGUUAUAUUGCCAUUACGCGCUAUUACGCACUGACAGCUACUUUCAGGAGAGGAGCUCUCAGCGCACAGGAGCGGGAUUUUGGAUUCCUCACAUUUACUGGAAGAAGUCAGAGGUUUUCAUUAACAUUCAGCUUGAUCUUCAGAGCAGACCAGAGUCAGCUGCCUCCAUCCGCACAGGAAUGGUGGAUCACUUGCCGCUUGGUGAGGAGACCUUCCUGUAUUACACCGGCUCCCUGGGGUCUGACUACAACUGCCUCUGUCGCCACGCCAAUGGUGGCGUGUCGCCGGGCAUCAUGGUAACCGACGCAUGCAUCUACCACCACCACCACCACCACCACCCUUACCAAGGGGUGAUGGUCUCCUCCUCGCCUCGCCUCUCUGAGGACGACCUCAGUGAGUCCUCCAGCCCUCGUUCGUCCCUCUGCUCCAGCCCUGAGUCCUCGUCGCCAACCUCGCGGCACGUUUUCGGCUCCAGCUACGAAAGCAGGAGCAGCAGGAGCAGCGGGAGCUGUAGCUCUUCAUCAGGAGGAGAGAGUCAGGACAGCCUGCUGGACCUCCUGCUCUCACAGACCUCCCUCAGCACUUCAUUAAGCUCUAUUGCCAGCAACAGCAGCUCCCUUUCUUCUCCUCUUUCUUCCUCUCUAUGCCUCUCUUCCCCACCCUUCUCUUCCUCCUCGCCUCUCACUGCCCCCCUUUUACCCAUGGGCUUGGCCUGGGAGUCCAAGAGGGAGCAGCGGCUGAGUCUCCUCCAGCAGCAGGCCAAAGAGGACUGUUACGAGUUCCCCGUCUUCCUUGACGAGCUGCAGGACCCGGCGACGCUCCUCUUUCAGCCCACCCUGGAGGAGAUAGAGGAGUUCCUCGAGGAGAACAUGGUUGUGGCGAUGGAGAAAGAAGAGGAGGGGAUUGAUGAGGCGAUGUCACCGACAUCAGAGGAUGCUGAGGCGGAAGGCUCAAGGACAUUAGCAGGAGAACUUGUAUCAGUACCACAUAACUCAGAUCAGACUGUUCCUGUGGCUCAUUCUCCUCUAUCCAACUACACAGAGACCAAACAUUCACCGUGUGCAUCUGACAUGGACAGCUCAACAUCAACAGAGGAUGCUAGUUGCAUAACUAGUUCUAAUUCUCCUAUUAGUCGAGUUGAUGGGAUUAAACAGGAGGACUGUGGAUCAUCGCCUGCCUCAUCAGAAGGUACCAGUGUCGCCUCAGGCGUCCCUGUCAUCCUACAAAUCCAGCCCAUACAGAUCAAACAAGAACCGAACCCCAGUGCCAUAUCAGAUGCUGUAACCCAGCCAACCCAACCUCAGAAAACCACAUCCCAGCCAACACAGGCCCCGUCGGAUAUCAAAAUUGCCCAGCUCCUGGUCAACAUCCAGGGGCAGACCUUUGCUUUGGUGCCUCAGCUGCUUUCCCCAACAAACAUUAGUAGCUCAAGUAAAAUGGGAAGCACCGCUUCAUCCAAAUUUGUCCGGAUUGCGCCGGUGCCCAUUGCCGCCAAACCCACUGGGCUCGGGGAAGGCGGGUUGGGUGGAGGUUCGGCUGCAGGGGUCCUCACUGGAGGUCAGAGGUACCAGAAGAACGCAGUAGCAGACCUUAUUAAAAUGCACAAGUGCUCUUUUCCCGGCUGUAAUAAGAUGUACACCAAGAGCAGCCACCUUAAAGCCCACCUGAGGAGGCACACAGGGGAGAAGCCCUUCGCCUGCACAUGGCCCGGCUGUGGAUGGAGGUUCUCCCGGUCCGACGAGCUGUCCCGACACCGCCGCUCCCACUCAGGAGUGAAACCGUAUCAGUGCAUCGUGUGCGAGAAGAAGUUUGCCCGCAGCGAUCACCUGUCGAAACACCUCAAAGUCCACCGCUUUCCACGAAGCAGCAGGACAGGACGCUCUGCAAACUGACCCCCCUGACCCACUCUGACAGACUGACGCUAAGCAGGGGGGAGGGUGGGGGGGUGGGAUGGUUGUUUGUGUGUGUAAGAGGAAAGACAGAAGAGGAGGAGGAGGAGGAGGGGGGUGAAAGUUGAAACACCUCUGUGCAGGACUCUUUAUGCUUGUGUGCGUUUAUGUUCAAAUAUGUACGCGUGACGUACAUUCAUGGUACUGUGAUAAUUUAUUGGGUGGCGAGGAAAAGACUGUAAAAACUAAACUAAAACAGAAAACUGUUACUUGACAUAACACCCUCACAGGUGGAAUAAGCUUCUUGUAUAUUACAACAUUUAUUUGUCUCUCAGAUCUUUUUAGCUAAUCUAAUUUGAAGAAAGAUUUUCUAUUCAGAGUAUUUUUUUACACUCUGAGAUGUGUGCUAGUGCUAAUGUGAGUCAAAAGCCUUAUAUCAACAAAGGUUGUAACACUGGGGGGUGUGCUACUAUUUAAAACCCCCAGUUUUCUUUUCCCUUCCUGGAGCCAAAUGUUGUUUAAAAGUAAUUAGCAAAAAAAAAAAAAAAAAAAAAAAAAAAAAAAAAAAAAAAAAAAAACAGAAAGAAAAAAGGAAAAAAAAUGAUCAUCGCUUACUGGCUUGAAUUUAAUGUGUCGCUAACUGGACAUUGUAUUUGGAAGCAUUGGGAUUUCAUUCUUUUUCGAUAGACAGCAGAGUAAAUGAUGCAUCGACAUUCCUUUAGCUUUGAAUCAGUCUCUUUGUUGCCUUUGGGUCUCGUUACAGGAAAAAAAAAAAAAAAACACUGUAGUAACCUCAAACACAAGAACAGAGCUCAUGCUCACCAACAAGGAUCAUUGCAAUAUGGGAUUUGCACUAGUGCACAUGAAAUGUCUGGUUUCUGCCCAUAGUGAGUAUUUUGUGUAAGUGCACUCAAGUUCUAUAACGCCUUUGUGUCAUGGUUAAAAAAAAGAUUUUUGUCAGAAGAGUUGUCGUUUUUAUGGCCUUUUUGGAUCAAAACAGAGUAUUUACAAAAUCCUGAUAAAAUCAUUUGCUUUCUAGUUUUGUGCUGUUAUGUGAUGCCAUCUCAUGUAUUACUUUAUGACACUUUACUUACUUCAUGUCACAGCUGUCAAAAAUAUGCAGGCUCAAAUCAUACAAAAUGGUGGUGAAUUCACACAUGAAAAGUUUUGGCAUCACUAACUUGAGCAUCUCUUGCCAAAUCAAGUUUUUUUUUUUUCCCUUUCCCUCUUCGUUACACAGAAUUAUUUCAACACAGAUGAAUUAAUUGAAUUUAACUGGAAUUUUUUUGGACUUUAUUUCCCUUUUGUUGAGAUCUGAAUUGUGUGUCAUUGAAACAUCCGAUAACAAAUUCAUCCAAGACCAGUAAAAUAAAUGCACUAAAGUAAGACUAAGUAACUUGUGAUGAACAGCACCCGCUCAUUUAUCAGUCAUUUACCGGAUAAUUGGGAAUUCUAAAAACGUAACGUCACACCAGCCCAAGUAGAGAAGAGUCGUUGAACAAAUAGACUCACAUUAGCAAAUAUUAGCCACCAAAAGCUGCUGGUCAUACCAGACCGAGUCAGGCAGUAACAGCAAAGCACUUCACUGUGCUGAGCUUAUUAAGGGAGUAUUUUAUUACUUAUGAAACAUUUUAUUUGUAAGAGAAUGAAAUUGAUUUGUCAUCUUUCAAAAGUUAUAUGGACUCGCUUUGAUAUAUGGAAUAUUUUGCACCUGUCUUAGAGGAGGGGUCAAAGUUCGCUCCCACUGAAGCUGAAGUUCUUGAGCAAAAGUCUAUUUUUUUUUCCAGUUCCUUCCAUAUUAAUUACAUGAGAUGAAAAAUUGAAUGAUUUACAUAUCAAAUUUAACUGGAAUUGUUUGUACUUGUUACCCAUUUGUUGAGACUGGAAUUCUAUGCCAAUAACAAAUUCAUCUUCAUGUAUCCCACUCGUUUUCUUUGGUUUUGCCCUGAUGUGACUCGCUGCAUAUUCUUCAAACGUUGAUUGAAAAUUGAAAAGCAUCCAGGAAACACUACUAUCUGUCUUUGGGCUUCAUAUCAAAUAUCUUGCCACAAACUGAUAUGCCUUUUGUCGUCUUGUACUGUAAGGGAACAGUGACUGUUUUGCUUUUCUGUCAUAUUACAUCUUUAUGUAUAGAUUACUUUAUUCUGUGUCACUCUGCAUCUCAGCUGAAUUAAACCAAACAAAUCAUGGGAGGGACACAAAAUGCCUGCUGCACAGAGUUCAGAGAUGGUUUCCUGUUCCAUAAGGUCGAGGAUCAGUUCACAAAUUGAGGAAAUUAUGUUAAAAUUUGAAUUGAAAUUCAGUUUUUUUUUUUGUUUUGUUUUGAUAUGUUGAAACAAACCUUUUGAGUGUUGGGUACACAGCACCUGAUGCUGUAUGGAGGAAGCGUAUUAACUCUGUCAGGCAUUCCUUCCAUACAAUCAGAAGAAACACUUUUCUGAAUGGGCUUGCUACGUGAGCCCAUGAAUGUAUGUAAAUACUGUAUAUGCAUCUGAAAGGAGAACUGAAAUAUUCUUCUAGUGAUUUCUGCGAUUGUGAAAGAUUUUUAAAAAAAAUAUGUAAAGAAAAAUGUACAUAACAUGAUAAUUCAAAUAUAUAGUGAAAAAAAUGUAGCAACUGUUUUUUUUGUUGGGUGUUUACACGACACAUUAUUAAAAAGGGCUCAUGAAAUGUUUCGUGGUAUGUCCAUGGAUCAGCAUUUUUAAAAAUACAUAUGUGCAAAAGCAUUUCCUGAUUUGCACAUCAAGUGCAGUGUAGCAUAUUGUAUUAUGAAACAUGUGAUAAGUCAUUUUCAAAUGUGCUCUGUAAACACUGCACAAAAAGAGUUGCUAAAAAUGUUAUAUUUUUCGCUCUUGUUCUACUACGUAAAACACAUUUACAAUAAAAAUUUCAAAACUAA